UUUUGUUUGUUUGUGGUAGAGUCUGACGACUCGGAAAGGAAGCCAAAUAUUUGUCGGGCUAGUAGCGGGCGUCAACUAGCUAGUAGUCAAGUAAAUAAAGCUUUUAAAAAUUCAUAUCAUUAGUGAAAUUGCAUCUUAGGUAUAGAGUCGAACAGUUUUCACUGGUAAUAUGUCAACUCCGGCAAGACGACGUUUAAUGAGAGACUUUAAACGGCUGCAGGAAGAUCCUCCAGCAGGAGUUAGUGGAGCCCCAUCAGAAAACAAUAUCAUGGUAUGGAAUGCUGUCAUUUUUGGACCGGAGGGAACACCUUUUGAAGAUGGAACCUUCAAACUUACCAUUGAAUUUACAGAGGAAUAUCCCAAUAAACCUCCAACAGUGCGAUUUGUCUCCAAAAUGUUUCAUCCAAAUGUGUAUGCAGAUGGCAGCAUAUGCUUAGAUAUUCUUCAGAACCGCUGGAGUCCAACCUAUGAUGUAUCAUCAAUCUUAACUUCUAUACAGUCUUUACUGGAUGAGCCAAACCCAAACAGUCCUGCCAAUAGCCAAGCAGCCCAGCUUUACCAGGAAAACAAACGGGAGUACGAGAAGAGGGUUUCUGCUAUUGUAGAACAGAGUUGGCGUGACUGUUGACUUUUGGUUUUUGUUGGAGUCUGGUCAGCCCAGAAUAAACCAACCAUCUAUUAAGAAAGCAAAUUCUCAGAGAUGACACAUUUAAAAAAAAUAAUCCUCCAGUAUAUUUGUCCCAUCACUGUUGCUCAGUUUGUUUGCUGUUGUGUUGUGGCAUUCACUCCUGCCAAAUCCGAUUGUCUGGCAAAAGCAAAUGUAUAAGUUAAUGUACCUUGUUAUAUCUGGGUUACUUGCUGAGCCCCAACUGACUUUUCUUUUCUUUUUUAAGACAAAAUAUUGUCAAUUCUCUACCUUUUUAAUUUUCAAGUGAACAGGUUGAAUGAUGUGGUGACAGUUGUGUAGAUGUGCUUGCUGUGUGGUUUGCUGUGUAGAUGACAUUUUAUAUUUAACUGAAAAUAAAGCUGAUGGGCUUUUUCUGAUUAGCAGGCUAUUUUUUUCUGCAGACUGGAAGUCUUUUUGGAAAAAAUAAAGAACUUACAGUUACUUGCCAUGUUCCUAUAACAAAUUCCUUUAGAGGUACUUUUUCUAAAAAAAUAUUUUUUAGCAGAGCCAUACCUUUUUACUUUAAACUUCACUUUUUUUUUGUUUUUUACUUGAAAGAAGUAGCCCUUUUGGGAACUUGACAUCUUAUGUUGACCCAUAUGCCUGAAGCAUUCAGGUUCAGGAAGAUCCAAAUGCUUUAGGCUCAUGGAAAUAUUUGAACAUUUUAUAACCGCCACCUUAAACAAAUCCUGGUCACGCCGCUGAAAUGGAAUGGUGUUUUUAAAAAACAACUUUGCACUGGUAACCCAUGUAACAAACUGUACAUUAUCUUGUAAAUAAAAAAAUAAAUAAAA